GACACUAUGUAACUUCCAAUAGAAUUUCCACAACCAAGAGACAAGCAAAGCAAAGACUCCACAAGUCAAUGGCACAUUGCUUGGACAAUUCAUCCAAUCAUCAAAAGCUUAAAUACCCACUCCCCCCUUAGCUAACUCAUUAAUUCCAUCAAGAUUCUUGAAAACUGUAAAGUGAAGUUGCAGUAUUUGAGCAGCUAAGAAGCAAAAAAUGGUGAUAAUUGGAGAGGGAAUUGAAGUCAAAGAUGAGUUGAUCAAGAAAGCUUGUAACUUAGCCAUGGAAGCUCACACUUUGUCAUCUGGGAAACCUUAUAUUUACAAGAAAAAAAGUGGGUCAAUGGAUGCUGUUUUUGGUUUUGCUGGAACUUGGUCUCUUGAUGGUUGGUACAAUAACACUUCUUUUGGAGAAACAAAGAUUAACGUAUCUUUGUUUCCAUCCAUGAGAAGUGUUGGUACUGAUGAAUUAGCUAUGGUGAAUGAAGCAUUUGCUAGGAGAUUUGAAGACAUAUUGAACAAAUCUUCACUUAAAAAUGAGGUGGAGAAGGCAAUGUCAGAUGGAAAACAGAUAGUGUUUACAGGGCACUCAUUCGGUGGCCCUAUAGCUAUUUUGGCAGCUCUCUGGUGUCUGGAAUAUCGCCGCACAAGAUCAAAUGACAAUCUAGUCUAUCCAUACUGUAUGACUUUUGGAUCCCCUCUUGUUGGUGACAGAAUAUGGUCUCAUGCCCUCAGGCGCGAAAACUGGGCCCAUUACUUCAUACAUUUUGUCAUGAAGUACGAUGUUGUCCCCCGGAUGAUGCUUGCUCCCCUUUCAUCAAUUCAAGAAUUGGUUCAAGCAAUCUUUGCGGGCAUCAACCCAAAAUCCCCGAAUGUGUCUGGUGCAAGAUCAAGUGAUGCUUUGAAUUUCUUUAUGACUGUAAUGAGGAGUGCAUCCUGUGUUGCAAGCUAUGCUGCAUGUAAUCUGAAGGGAUGCACAAACUUGCUGUUAGAAACUGUUUCCAACAUUGUUCAACUCAGCCUUUACAGACCUUUUGGAACUUACAUCUUCUGUACUGGUAAUGGGAAACUGGUUGUCAUUGAGAAUCCAGAUGCUGUUCUGCAGUUACUGUUCUAUUCCUCUCAACUGAGUUCAGAAGCAGAAGCUGAAGUCAUCGAUGCCAGAAGCUUAAACGAACAUCUGUUAUAUAGAAACGAAAUGCAGGAGAGCUUAGAGAUGCAAGAUGCGGUUUGUCUCAAUAAUCUUACUGAUAUUCCAUUGUCUUCGAAUGUCAAUCCCAGUGAUGAAGUUGCAACUAUGAAUUCAGCACUGAAUGACCUCGGCCUGAGCACAAGAGCAAGGUUGUGUCUUCGUGCUGCAGGAGAGUGGGAGAAGCAGAAAAAGAAGAACGAGGAAAAGAUUGAUCUUAAUAAGAAAAGCAUCGUGGACGGGUUAAGCAAGAUACAGGAGUACCAGACCAAGUGUGAUAUCCAAAAAGUUGGAUAUUAUGAUGCAUUCAAGCUUCAAGUAAACAUUGAUGACUUCAAUGCUAAUGUGAAAAGGCUUGAGUUAGCAGGUAUAUGGGAUGAGAUCAUUGAAAUGUUGAAAAGGUAUGAGCUCCCAGAUAGCUUCGAGGGACGAAAGGAGUGGAUACAACUAGGGACACAGUUUCGCAGGAAAGUUGAGCCCUUGGAUAUCGCAAACUAUUACAGGCACUUGAAGAAUGAAGAUACUGGACCUUACAUGAUCAGGGCUAGGCCUAAGCGUUAUCGGUUCACACAGAGAUGGUUAGAGCAUUUUGAGAGAGUCCAAAGUGGUGCGCGUUCCGAGUCAUGCUUCUGGGCAGAAGUGGAGGAACUAAGAAACAAGACAUUUGAAGAAGUUCAAAACAGGGUUUUGAGUUUAGAAACAAAUGCAUGGGGCUGGUUCCAGAGAGGCCUUCUGGGCAAUGAUGUUUUCUUCCCUGAGUCUACCUUUACCAAAUGGUGGAAAACACUCCCUACUCAGCGCACACAGGCAUCUUGGGUAUCGAGUCAUAUAAAUUCUUAGCUCCUUUCAGCCUAAUAUUGUGAUAAAUAUGGUGUCUGGGCCAACUUGCGGACACCUCAAAUAUUCCACCACGUAUACUCCAAUGCCCUAAUAAGAAGAGUCAUAUUGUAUUUGCCUAAGAUGAUAAACAAAGAUACUAACGAGUGCAACCCAAUGUAUGCAGCCAAGAUAAUUGAAGAUGUUCCAGUUUUCCUAGGAAUUGCUUUACUUGUAUGGUAGAUUAGUUGUAGCAAGAACACCAACAUUCAAGUAUUUAAGGUGGGAUACAAGUGCACAUUUUUCCCAUGUA